ACCUCCAUGAGACUGGAUGACGCGCACACGCGCACAGAAAAUUUGAAUUCUGUUAGUUCACUUAUCUUUGGUCUGUCUGGCUUUCCGUAGUAGCGUGGGGGCGAGUAACCAGGAAGUGGAGGUAGAAUCAAACGGUGAAAACCCGAAUGACAUCGGUCCAUGGCUCUGCCGGCCUUCUCCACAUAUAGGUCUCAUCGGUAUCGGAACCUUGGCAUACAGCUGGCCUGGAAGAGGGAACAACAAUGCCGGAGGCGGGAGCAGUGCGCCCUCGAUGCUAAGUACUUCAGGGACCUGAGUGUCAUCAACCAUUUCCACUCCGAGUGGACGUCCCGGCACUACUUCGAACACAGCAUGGCAGCAUAUUCUAAACAGAAGAUGGAGGAAGACAGAAUAAACAAUCUGGAACAGCGCAGGAUGCGACUCAAGCACAUGCUUGAAGAGGAGCAAAAACAAAUGGACGCAGAGCUGGAUCUUGUGGUACCUCACAGAUGUGCAAUGAUGAGAAGAAAAGCAGAUGUUAGACACUCGAUGGAAGAAGAGAGGAGAAAAAAGCUAGCGCAGGAGCUUCUGAAGGAGCACCGUAAGAGAAGCAACUCUGAAUUGCAACAGGUUGAGACGGCCUCAGAGCAACAUCAGAUCGUCAAUCCGCUGCAAAGGCCAUUGACUGAAAUGAAACAGCAAGACGUGAAGGCGCAGGAGAUGUGUAGCUUUCCAAAAGAAUGUGAGAGAACCCAAAGAAAAGAAAUCGAGGAGAUCGAACAGGCAGAGGAAAUCAGGAAACUUGAGAGUGAGAGGUCACGGGAGAUUCACAAAAAAAUGGAACAACUGAAGUUGAUGGAAGAAGAGGCAACUCAUCUUAAGAAGGAAGAAGAAACUUUACAGGUCAAGCUAUGGCAGUUGGAAAAUAUGGAAGCUGAGAGGAGAACAAAUGAGGAAAGGCGCAAGAAAGCGGAAAAGCGCAAUUUCCUGAUCCGACAAUAUAGAGCCCAGCUUAGGAGGCGAGCGCAGCAGGUGCAGGAAGAGCUGGAGUCUGAUCAUAAGAUCCUGGCAGCCUUGCUGAAGGGAGAGCGAGGCCAGGUUAGAAGGCCGGGGGCACAAAGAGAAAGGGUCUUUGCUGAUGCUUCCUGGAUGAAUCGUAUGAUUGAAGAGCAGCUUGAGCUGGAGAGAGAGCGGGAGGCCGAGUUUGACCUCCUCCAUAGAGAGGAAGCUCAAUGUGUGUGGGAGCAACGAGAAGCAAUAUGGGAACAGGAGAGAAAAGCCAGAGAACUACUCAUGCAUGAGGUGCUUGUGGGAAGACGGCAGUAUUUGGAGCUGAAAAAGCAAGAAAAUCGUGAGGCUCAAUUAGAGUCCCUGAGGAAACGAGAAGAACUGAUCCAGGAGUUGGAGCUGAACACCAGCAGAGGGAAGAACAGCGGUGCCAAAGAAGAGCAAACGUGCAAGAGAACGGAGGAGCAGCAGCUACAAGAGCAGUGGAAGGAGCAGUGCAGGAUAGAGGACCUGCAGGAGGAGGACGAUGUUCACCUCAUCCAGGAGGAGGAGCUAAAGCAGAGGAUAAUUAAUAACGCAUACCAGCCAAAGGUAAACAGUAAGCCUCGAGUGGCGUGGACAUGAGCAACAUCAAAACGACUUUUUUUCAUUUAAAUUCAUCAGUUAUAGCCUUAUGAAAAGGCUUGUGUGCAGUCUAAACGUGUUCAAGAAAAAAAACAUUUUGUACUUUCAAAUUGUAGAACUCAUUUUUAACAAAUACACUGUUAGCAUUGUAUAUGGAAUAAACACUUUCUAAUGUUCAUUUUAAAUAAAUUAAAUUUAUUUAGAAAAUUAUUUUUUUUCCCCCAAAUUGCAGCUUAAACAGCUGCGUCAUAUACAGUACAGUACAUCCCUGCACUCCAUACAGAUACAUUAAGUUGUGCUGCGCAAUCAGGAAACCCAGAUAUGAACAGCUCUAUCUGAUAAUGUUUCACAACACAAAACAGAUCAGAGCACAAAACACGUGGACGGACGAACGUACACAUGGUUUUCAGCUCCAACUAUUAGUAACAAUGCCAACACUGUAGUGGCACAUGGACUGCAUCAUAGUGUAGAGUAGAAACAUUUUCUUGUCAGCUUGCUAAUGGUGGACCACACAAGCGACAGAUAGCGACAAAAAUGUAUUCAUUAUCACAACAACACCCCUACGUUGCACAAUUGGGAGCAUAUUCUCCCAUUCGCGAUGAAGUUAUUUUACAUGUGGGGCUUGCGCACUUUCAAGGUGCGGCGAUUCUCCCGUCAAGACUUCUGACACAUCCACCGUGCGUAAUCUGGGAAUUCACGCGCCGUGUGAAAUGAAUCCGCUACUGUGCUUGAUCGUAUUGGCUUUUAGAAGAGGACUUGUGGAACAUGAAUUAACCUUGAGUUAAAUUGUGCAAUUAACAGUAUUUGUUGUAAAGCUCAGAUUUGGUAAAA